GCUCUCUUCAUUUCUAUGUAUGCAACCCCAAGACCUCUCCUCCUUUCAACGUAUGCAACCUCAACCUGAUCCAGUCUUAUCUUCCUGCGCCUCUCGUCUACUCGGAUGUUCCUUGAGUAACUAGCUGGAUCCCCAAACAGAUCCUCCAGUGGAUAGUGUGAAAUUGAUUGCACAUCAGAUACAUCAUACAUGGAUCAUGAGGUCCUGGAGCGUAUACUUGAUGGAAGAGAAAAUCCGACAAAUCUAUCACUCUCACUUUUGAAGGAUAUCACUGAAAAUUUCUCAGAGGAUCGAGAAAUCGGCCAUGGUGGAUUUGCAACUGUUUAUAAGGGAGUGCUCCCGAAUGGGAACGUUGCGGUAAAGAGGAUAAAGAACAGUCAUUCAAUCAAGGAGACAUUGUUUUAUCACGAAGUUGACAGCCUGUUGAACAUUGAACAUGAAAAUAUUAUACGGUUUCUUGGCUUCUGUGCUAGCACAGAUCAGACGGCAAUAAAAAUUGAAGGAUUGAAACAACAUAUUUAUGCCGAGGUACGAGAAAGACUACUCUGUUUUGAGUAUGUCAGCAAUGGAAGCCUGAGAAAGUACAUUACAGAUGAAUUAAGGGGACUUAAAUGGAACACACGUUAUGAAAUAAUUAGAGGCAUUUGUGAAGGUUUGUACCAUCUGCACCAUGAAAAGAAAAUAUACCAUAUGGAUAUGAAACCUGAGAAUAUACUGCUAGACAAUGAUAUGGUUCCGAAAAUCACUGAUUUUGGUUUAUCGAGACUCGAUGAGAAGUCACAAACCAUGAGUGAAGUCCGUCUUGGAUCACUUGGAUACUGUGCUCCAGAAUACCUAUUUCAGGGAAAGAUGUCAUUCAAAUCAGACAUAUUCAGUUUGGGAGUUAUAAUUAUUGAACUAGUGACAGGACAAAAGGUGAUCCCCAAGAAUAAAAACAAUGUAUUUAGGAGAUGGAGGCACAGAUGGAGGAAAACAGGGAAGGAAACACAGUUGGUUUACCAACAAGUAUCAAAAUGCAUGGAAAUUGGGUUACUUUGUCAGGAAAUUGACCCGUCCGAACGACCUUUUAUAUGGGAUAUCAUAGAUGAUAUCAGACAAGUGGAAUGUGUCAAUGGGUCAAUUAGAAAUGUCUCUGAAUAUAAGUUUGGACAGAUAAGCCCUUACUCGGAGGACGACGAUAUGCUUGGAAUUGACCCGCUCGAACUACAUUUUCCUUUCCAGCUUAACAAACAGAUGGCAUGCACCAUUCAGAUAACCAACGAGACGGGCUCUUACAUUGCCUUCAACGUCGAAGAUAUGAACCCUCUGUCAUACUGUGCACAACCGCAGAAAGACAUUAUACCACCACGAUCCAAGUGUAAUGUCGAAAUAACAAUGCAACCGCAGGCCAAGGCACCGAGAGAUCAUACCAACGAAUUCACUGUUUGGAGCACCAAAGUGAAUGAUGGCCUUGCCAUUGAGGAUAUGGCUACAAUCAAGUUUAUUAAAGAGGCAGCCAACGUGGUUGAUGACGUGAAUUUGGAUGUGGUUUUUGACGUCAGUGAGCCACAAGAAGCAAGAAGCAAGAAGCAAGUGCAGACAAUCCAACCUUUACUAGAGAUUAGAGGAGAUGAUGCAGUCGGUCCGAUCUUUUGUAUGGAUGUGCAUCAGACAAAGCCAUUGAUUAUAACCGGUCACCAAUUUGGUGAUGUUCAGAUUUGGAACUCUGACACGCAGAAAGUGGUCGCUUCGAUUAAGGUCUCAGAGGAAGUAGUAUCCAAAAUAAAAUUUGUUGCACGUAAGCAGUGGCUUGUGGCUGUAUCUCAUGAUUGUUUCGUCCAUGUUUACAAGUAUGAAAAGGAACUCGAAAAGGUCACGAGUUUCAAAGCUCAGGAUCGUGAUGUCUCCUCGUGUUCAUUAGACGUUCAUCCAACCCAGCCGUAUGUGCUGACAGAAUGUGGUACUGAAAUAAAGCUUUGGGACUGGGAACGGGGCUGGAGCUGCAUACAGACAUUCGAAGAACACUCAAAUCUUAUUAACGAACUAAAAUUUAACCCAGAGGACACCAACAGUUUUGCAAGUGCUUCAUGGGAUAGGACAGUAAAGGUUUGGAGUCUUGAUUCUCCCAAAUCCAAGUAUACUCUAUGUGGGCAUUCAGACAGCGUGCACUGCCAGGAUUUCUUCAAGCGUGAUGGUCAGCAGUAUUUGAUUAGUGGCUCUCGUGACAAGACUGCUAAGAUAUGGGACUUGCAGAAGAAGGAGUGUGUUCAUACACUCGAACAUGAGUGUGACGUCUAUUCCGUCUUUGCCCAUCCCAGUCUUCCAGUUCUAAUUACAGCUACAAGCAAUGGUGCUGUUCGUGUGUGGAGCUCCACUGAUUUCACGCUGAAGACAAAGCUUGGAGUCAUGCUUGGGGUUGGUAUUCGUGGUUUCACAUGUUUGACGGGGUCAGAAAGGGUUGCAGUUGCACAAUUUUACACAGUGUCAGUGAUGAAAAUUGGUGAUCAAGAAGGACAAGGUGGUAGUGAAGGCAGCAGCAACGAGAAUUCCAUAGCAGCAAUCGAGAUGACUGCUAGUAAGUCUACGCAGUCUAUGCUAGCACGUCAACUCUAGCAGGUGGCAACAGCUUUGUGUGCAGAAGGUGACAUUUGUUGUCCGCGAGGAGAUUGCACUUGCGUGCAUCAUGACUCGUGACUGAAGCGCAUAUAAGCGUGUAAUUUAACAAUCUCAUUGCCGGUGAUCCAUUCAUACAUUCAUAAUUGACCUAUAGAUUGCACGUGAA